GAAACGGGAAGGGGGUAUUGAAAGAGGUGCUGCAAGCUGCCACCGGUGAUUACUUUGGCGGCAUGUCCAAGGAUGCAGUGGUCACCGCCCCUGGCCAGAAAUCUGCCUCGAAGAACGCCCCUACCAACUACAUCUACGAGCUGAUGGGCGUGCGGCUUGCUGUCGCCGAUGAGACGGCAGAGGGAGAACGGGUGAAUUUGGGGCUCGUCCUAGGAAUGACCGGGGGGGGGAAGACAAAGGCGCGUUGUCUGUAUGGAAAUAACGUAGAGUUCACCAUCACGCACACGCCCUUUGUCCAAACGAAUUAUCCGCCCGCCAUGUCUGCAACCGCAAUCAAGGAGAACGUCCUGCGACGCCUGCGAAUGAUCCCGUUUCCCAACAGCUACGUGGGCGCUGACACCUUUGAUCCCAACAAUGCAACCCAUCGCCUGAGAGACGACGGACUCAAGGGUCGCAUGAAGGAGGAGGAGUCCCUUCGUUAA